GAAUCAUGUCGGAGGAGAAGACGCCUGUAGACCUGGGCCUGCUGGAGGAGGACGAUGAGUUCGAGGAGUUUCCAGCCGAAGGCUGGACUGGUUUAGAUGAAGACGAAGAUGCCCAUGUCUGGGAAGAUAACUGGGAUGACGAUAAUGUAGAAGACGAUUUUUCUAACCAGUGAAGAGCUGAAUUAGAAAAGUUUGGAUACAAGAUGGAAACCUCCUAGCUGGCAAGAUGCUGCAUGAUGUGAAUGCCUGGAAGGUGUAGAAUGAAGAAUUUUGUGUAAAUGUGUUAAAUGCUAUUGUGACACACCAACACUGGAAGCAAGGUGCAGUGGAGAACGAAAUGUAACUCAGCAUUCUGUUGCAAAGGAGGACACAAUUCUUUUUGUGAAUUUUCCUUUUUUAUUUUCGUAAAUUGUUUUGAAAUGUAAUU